AUGCAGCAGGUGCGAAGGCUCGGCAAGUUGCAAGCCCACUCGUCCGUGUUGAUGGUGUGCGACGUGCAGGAGCGCUUUCGCUCUGUUAUCACCCACAUGCCUUCCGUGCUUCACGUUGCUCGUACGAUGGUCAAGGCAGCGCCCCUUCUUCGCGUGCCCGUGCUGGUGACCGAGCAGAACCCCAAGCGGCUCGGUCGCACCGCGUCGGAGCUGGGCGUGGACGAAACGGAGGGCGUGCGAGUGUUUGAGAAGCUCAAGUUCUCGAUGUUGACCGAUGAGGUCCGCCAGACUCUCGAGCGCGACCACCCCGAGCGCAAGGACGUCCUCCUUCUCGGCAUCGAGGUGCGUCCCUCCUACAGAGCUAUUUCCGAGGGAGCUUGGCUGACUAACCUUUCUGGCGCGCCAACGACACUGCAGGCUCAUGUGUGCGUGCUGCAGACUGUGCUGGACCUGCUCGAGGGUGGGUACAACGUGCACGUGCUGGCCGAUGGCACUUCGUCUUCGCGUCAAGCCGACCGGCUGCUGGCGCUCCAGCGUUUCAGUCAGGCGGGUGCCUACGUGACCACGAGCGAGAGUGCGCUCUUCCAGCUCAUGCAGUCGGCCGAGCACCCCUCAUUCAAGGCUAUCUCGGCGCUGGUGAAGGAAGAGCGACCCGACUCUGGCCUUUCCCGUCUCUAA